AAGAAUUGACCUAUGAACUGUCAAAAAAAUUUCGGAAGUGCAUUUAGUAAAUAGAAUAUAAUUAGAUUCUAUUAAUUUAUAUUUAUAAUGUCUGAUAAUAAUAAAGAAGUAGAAAAGAAAGAUGUCGACCCUGAGCUCGAUGAUCUGUUGGACAGUGCCUUACAAGACAUGACCAAGAAGCCGGCAGAGCCGCCGGUGGCCACGGACGGGCAGAACAUAUGGAGCGAGGAGUUCAUCAAAGAAGCCGCGGCACAGUUUGAGAGCAACAUGGCGGCUAUACUUGGCAGCUUUAGCGGGAUGCCUGAGGAACAAAUAUCACAAGAACAGAUUGCACAGACUUUCUCUAAAAUGGCAGAAGCAGCAGCUCAAGUGCUCAAGCCUCAAGCGGAAGGCAGCGAGGUACAAGCUACAGAGCCUGACCCCAAUGUACAGGAUAAAAUUGAUGAGGUAUCAGCGGCGAUAUCACAAACGCUACAAAACCUGAACACAAACACUGAGAGCUUACAAACCCCGUUCUCAGACGCAGACCUGGCGAGUAUGUUCAGUAACUUUAAUCUGGGAGACGCGGGACAAACGGACGGCAACAUGUUCGUCCCGUUCAUGCAAGGCAUGAUGCAGUCGCUCCUCUCUAAGGAAGUGUUGUAUCCGUCACUCAAGGAGCUCGUGGACAAGUACCCGGCUUGGUUGGAGGCAAAUAGGGGCAAGAUUGAGGCAAAGGAACUGGAGAGGUUCGAGCAACAACAGGAUCUAAUGCAGCGUGUGUGCGCCGAGCUCGAGCCGGAAAGUGAAAGUGACUCGGAAGAUGUUAAACGGGCAAGGUUCCAGACUGUACUCGAACUUAUGCAGCGGAUGCAAGACCUCGGCCAGCCUCCCACAGAGCUAGUGGGAGACAUCGCAGCUCCGCCCGAAGGGUUCGCACCCGCGCCCGGACAGGACCCCAGCCAGUGCUGUCUUAUGUAGACAUACAUACAUACAGAUUGUACUAACUAGAAGACGACAUAUUGACGGACAGACGGAUGGACAGACAGAG